UAUUAAUAUGGUCUGAACGGAAACACUUAUGGAUACACUGUCUAGCAAGGUUAUCACUAGAUGGGAAUUUAUGGUAUCUUAGGUUGCUGUCCUUACCAGGUGUACAUCCAAAUACAGCGCACACUCUUGCUUUACCCAUUUAACUAUUAAUAUCGUAAUACAAAGCCCGUGAAAAGUACACAAUUGCUGAUAAAAUCUGUCACACAUGAACACACCACCACAACAAUAGACGUAAACAAUACACAUGGUGACGUCAGCGGUUCCAAUAAUGCCGAAGUGCGUUCACCUCUUAGUCUAAUACAUCUUGGGUGGGACACUUCAUGCCACACGUACUUGCAUUUGUGUGUGUGUGUGUGUGUGUGUGUGUGUGUGUGUGUGUGCGUGUGUGUAGCGCAUAAUGUAUGUCUGUGUGUCAGUAAACGUUUGCAGCUACUAUCUUUCGGACUACUACGACCGAGCUCCUCGUCCUCGUGUGUUUUUAGAAUAAAUAAGGACUCACUCCGCGAGUCGCACACGCAUUCUCUUCUGCCACUGCCACAGGAGCAAUAUGAAGUUGCAGAAUCUGGUGGCAUUGGCUUCCACUGGGACCUUCGUAAUGUUACUCUUAAUCUGGACGUCUUUCGACAAGCUACCCGACAUUAUCGUCAAAACUUAUAAGCUAAGUAGUAUGUAUCACACAGUGAGUCACAAUAACACAACGCUGCAGUGCCGCGUGCCGGGCCUGCAAAGUAUCGAGCAGUACCGGGCAUACCUGCACAACACCGAGAUCACCUGCAAGAACCUAGUCAGUAGGCCGUUUGGAGGAAAGCCGCCUGCACCAGAGGCUGGGAUGAAGAUGGUGUGUCUUGACGACAAAUUCAUUAUCAAGCCAGGGAGCUGCGUGGUAUUCUCCUUCGGUGUUGGCAACGAGUGGUCCUUCGAGGAUGAGUUUGAUAAGUUUGGAUGCAAAGUGUAUGCCUACGACCCCACCAUGAACAAAAAGGACCACCAGCGCUCCCCAAACGUCAAGUUCUUUGCUACAGGCAUCGGCAGCUUCAGGGGCACUAUGAAUGUUGGGAUGGGAAAGAAAUGGAGUAUGCAAAAGGUGGAUCGCUUCGAGAACCUGGUGCUGCAGGCGGGGGAGGAUGGACGCGAGAUCGACUAUGUGAAGUUGGACGUGGAACUUUCGGAGAUAGACUUUCUGCAAGACAUGCUGUUCAACUCGCCUCACGUCCUGGCCAGGAUCAAGCAGAUAGCAAUGGAGGUCCACGACGGCUACUUUAAAGAAGACAAAAGUGACUUCAGCCAAACGAGCAGACAACAAGUGUUCUGGCCUUACUUUAUGCUGAUGAGGUGUGCCAGGUUCAAGCUGAUCCACUCGCGGAAUGCAGGGGCUUGGAGAGAGGUGGUGUGGGCGAGGGACUACUGAGGCAUCGCUCAAGGAUACUGCAUGCUGAACGAUGGAAGAAGAGACAGGACGGUAGAAACAGGAGGAAGGAUGUGUGUGUGUGUGUGUGUGUGUGUGUGUGUGUGUGUGUGUGUGUGUGUGUGUGUGUGUGUGUGUGUGUAUUCAAGUUCAAGUUCAAGUUCAACAAAUUUAUUCCAAAACAAUACAUACAUGUAUAUGAAAAAAAAAAAAAUAAGUACAUUCGUGGAAAGGUCUGCAGAGAUAAAUCUCAUUAUGCAGACUUAUGGACAUUAUACAGGAUUUAUUUCACUCAGUCCAAAAUAGUGACAAUACAAUCUUGAAAAUCCCCCCAAAAAGAUAGCAUUAUAAAUCUAAAAAUUCGUAAAGCCUAGUAAUAUGAAAAAAUGAAAAAAUGCCGUUAUUCAGGAAACAGUAUUGUACGCAUGAUAAAUCAUAAUGCAUAUAAUUCUAUUGUGUACAUACAUGACCAAUUAUUUUGAGCAUUACUGUAACGAUUGAAGAUGAUAAAGAUGCUUUUUUACUCUAAAUUUGAAGCUAUUGACUGACAAUGUAUUAUAUUCACAUUUUAUUGAUAGAGGUAGUGUGUUCCAAACUUCAGGACCAAGACACAUAAUAGAAUUUCGAAAGAGUGUAGUUCUAAAAGGAGGAUAAACCAUAUUUAUCUGGUUAUCACGAGUGGCACGAAAAUGUUCUUGAAUAGAAAAAAAAUGUCAGCAUUAUUUUUUAAUGAUUUGAAAAUAUCGAGUAAGAGGAAGAAUUUAAGUUGGAAAAUAUUUCCUCUGUCGAGUCAUAUCAUUCUUAAAAUAUAUUUCUGGUUUUUUAGUAAUACAUCCAGGAAAGAUAGCCAUGUACAACCCCAAAUACAAUAUAUUAAUUUAGAAUAACACAGUGUAUAGUAAAGAGUUAACAUUGAUUUUACAGUAAAUUUAUCUCUAACACGAUACAUUAUUCCAGUGACUUUUGAUAAAGUUACAGACACAUUAGCAAUAUGUUCCCUCCCAUUUGGAUGAUCAUCAACUGUAACUCCUAAAAACUUCGUAGUUUUAACAUGAUUAACAAAGCGAUUACCUAGUUUUGCUGGCGUUAGAUUAUGAAUCAAAGACCUAUUCUGAAACAGCAUAACAUGUGUUUUAGCAAUAUUUAAUUUCAACUUGUUAACUUUAAUCCAAUUAUUGCAUCAUUUAACUCCUGGGAUAAUUUUGAGUGAAGAACAUGGAGGUCAGAAUCGGUGAUUGUGAAACUAGUAUCAUUACUGUACAUAGUAAAAUGAGCAUUACAACUAGAAUUUACAAUAUCAUUGAUGUAGAUCAAGAAUAAAAUUGGAUCUAGUAUUGAGCCCUGAGGUACACCUUGUUUAAUAAAUUUGUACUCAGAAAAAAAUAUUAUUACAAAAACCUAAUUGUUUGCGGUUUGAUAAAUAACUUUUCAAAAGAUUAAAACAUGGUCCCCUAACACUAAUAUCAUUUAAUUUGGCUAGUAAAAUGUCAUGGCUUAGUGUGUCAAAAGUUUUGGAAAUAUCAAGAAACACACUUGCAACAAAAUAAUUCCUGUCUAAUUCAGUAUAUACCUUUGAAACAAAACUCAGAAUCCCUGCCUGCAUAGACAAAUUUUUCCUAAAUCCAAACUGGCAUUUUGUUAUUAGACUAUUGUUCUCAAGAAAACCAUAAAGUCGACUUGCAAUGGCCUUUUCAAAGAUUUUACUAAUAGAUGGUAAGAUGGAUAUUAGCCUGUAGUUAUCAAUCACAUUUUUGCCCCCAGACUUGUGAAUAGGUAAGGCUUUUGCUAUUCUUAGUUUAUCGGGGAAAACACCAUGACGGAAAGAUAAAUUAAUAAUAUGUGUAAGUAGAGUCAAAAUGCUACCCAGUGUUUGUUUUAAUAAAGAGGCACUAAUUUCAUCAGAGCCGAAAGAAUUAGUUUUUAAAGAUUUAAUAAACCCCUCGAUUUCUGUUUCGUCACAUGGGAAAAGAUACAUUGAAAAAUUAGUUGUGGGUGUAAAAUAAUUACAAAAUCAGCGAUUUGACUAUCAUCGUUCGUAUUGAAAGAAUCAAGGAUAUUGAUGAAGUGAUUGUUAAAGGCAUUAGCUGUAUUACAGUCUGUAAUAGUGUUUAGGUUAAUGGACACAAUAUUACUAUUAGCCUGGCCAGCUCUACCCAAAAUUUUAUAUAUCAUAUUCCAUGUUUUUUACCUUGAGUGGCUUUGAUUUUAUAUUUAUAAUAUUUGUUCUUAGCAUUACGCGACAAGGUUGUUAGAAGGUUUCUAUGUUUUUUAUAUCUAUUCUUAUAAGUCAUGGGCCAUUUACUUGCAAGCCUGGAAAGUCUGUGCUUUUCUUUAAUGCUGCGAAUUAGACCUGGUAUUAAAUAUGUGCCACUAGAAGACGUUUUUUUUUUUUGUUGUUGAUAUUUAAGAGGAAAAUUAGUUUGAAAGAUUGCGUUAUAUAUAUUAAAGAAAUUAUCAUAAACAAUAUUAGGACAAUCACAACUGAGCACCUCAUCCCAACUCAGCCGCGCCACGCUCUCCUCAAAGUUACUCACCCUCCUGGGACUAAAAACCCUCUUAGACACGCGUCGCGCUGGUUGUGUUGGGGUGACGUGUACAUGAAAACAUGACACAAUUGGAAAAUGAUCAGAUAUAUCAGAAUAUAUAAUAUACUUUCUAAUGUUCUUAUAGACUUGGUUGGACCAGAUGUGAUCUAUAAUGGUAGCAGUGUUACCAGUAACUCAAGUGGAUUUAGUAGUCAUGGGAAAUAAGGAAAAUUUAUACUUCAAACUUAGAAAAUCGAUUAGGUAGGGAGUAUUCUGAUUAAGUAAAUUGAUAUUCCAAUCACCAAAAUUAUAAACAGCAGUAUAUGUCUUGCAACUAAUAAAAUCAAGUAAACUAUUCAUUUUAUCUGUAAAGUCAGUUAAAUUACUAUUAGGAAGUCGAUAAACCGAGGCUUAAAAAAAAAUAUACACUUUUGCCACGGUUAUUCACCACGGUCGUCUGAUGGUUACCUAGCUGGGUGUGUUCGUGUUUAUAAGAAAUAGAAAAAUAACUUUUCGGUGCUAACAGAACACAGUGGUGUUGACCUAUUAACAAUAUUUUGUAAGUUUAAUAAAAAGGGGGUUAACCUCACCGAUCGUCACCCAUCCAACCACUAACCCAGUGAUACCCAUCUUGUGGUACGUGUGCCGUGUGUGUGUAUAGAUUGUCACCUUGUAGUGACAUGGGCCUUUGCCUUUUAGCGGCCCAGAGUACGUGUGUCACUAGUGGUACAUUAAGGCUUUCCAGGUGGUACGGUACAUGAGCACUUUUGGGAUCAUAUGUGAUUUUUUAUUCAAAUAAAUUCAUUCAUUUCUCAUAAAGAAAUAUUAUUACCUUGCACAAAAUAAUGUGGCAUCAAUCAGCUGAUGGAGAAGAAACAAAUGUAUCCCUCACAUUAAAUUAGAUUGUGUUCCUUAUUAGUUCAUAUGCGUGUUCUACUUGUGAAUAAAUUGAUAUUUGCUGGAAUAGUGUUUUUGGAACCAUGUGGUACGCGUGGUCUCCGCGGGACCUCCAAGUGAUACUCGCUCAGGAAAAGUUUGGGAACUACUGCACUAACCACACACGCCUCGUUGCUUCGCUUUACUGGUCAUCAUCCAUCCAACCACUAACUACACGCCUCGUUGCAUCGCUUUAUUGGUCAUCAUCCAUCCAACCACUAACCACACGCCUCGUUGCAUCGCUUUACUGGUCAUCAUCCGUCCAACCACUAACCAAACGCCUCGUUACUUCACCUUACUGAUCGUCACCCAUCCUUUCAGCUGUAACAGACAGGCAGGAGUCACGGAUGGGUGUCGAGGAGGCAACCUGUGCUUGGCUGUUAAAUCGCCGCUUAAAACGGUACAAACACCGAUGAAGAGAAUAUUACUUUCAUCUAAUUUUACAUGACAGACUGACCCUCGUCAUGUUUACAGUAGUAUUGUACCCCUCUCUAAAGAGAGCAUGACAAGAACUUUUUUUGAUAUUUAAGAAUGUCAGUGAUAUCAUUCAUUGAUUUCCUGGAAUUUAACAAGAAGGACAUAUCUUCAAGCAACAUCAUGCUGAGGGAUUCCGUCUGCCCAUUCCCAAUGGUUUUGGUUGACGUACAGCAGGUGUGGGGAAACUACAGCCGGCGGGCCGCCUGCGCCCGUCCAAAGGAAUUCAUGUGGCUCGACAUAUGUUAGUAAAUAUGAACGAGGUGUACAUACGCGUGGGAGAGUAGCUUUUUCUUUAAAACCUUUUACUUU